ACAAGAGAGAAGAACACCCAACAAUUGCUAUUGGUAUAGAUAUUAUUUAAUCUCUCUCUACCGAAUUUGGAAACCCUUAUUAGAACGUUACUUUCCUUUACAAGCCCUUUCCUCCUGAUCUCUGGAUUAGUAGUUUUAUCUUUUGAUUUUUAGAUAUAAGUCAGUUUCCUGUUUUCUCAAUAUUUUCUUUUAAGAUUUUUUUUCCUUUUCUUCAGCACAGUGGGUAUUAUAAAUAGCUCCAAAACUCUCUUCAAUACCAUAAACGAUCCGUAAGGAUAAGAUCCACUUCUGUUAUAUCUACUCUGCAGUUACUUUUUCAUCUCUUUAAUUCCAUUGUUGUUACUUUCAUAAUCUCUCUUCCACUCUCUGAUACCUUUGUGUGUUAAUAUGUAUGCCUCUUUGUUGACAUCACCAAACAAUAAUCAACAAAAAGUUGAUGAUCAGAAGGUGGUACCCACUGAUCAACUUAGUGCUCUGCAAAAGCAUGUUCUGUUCUUUGACAAGAACCAUGAUGGAAUCAUUUAUCCAUGGGAGACCUACCGAGGUUUUCGUGCAGUUGGUGCUGGUAGACUCUUGUCAUUGUUUUUUUCUGUUUCCAUCAAUGUUGGUCUUAGUCGGACUACUCGUCCGGGAAAAUUCUUUUCUCCGCUAUUUCCAAUUGUUGUCAAGAAUAUCCAUAUGGCCAAGCAUGGGAGCGACUCUGGUGUUUAUGAUGAUAGUGGAAGAUUUGUUCCGUCUAAAUUUGAAGAGAUAUUCACCAAGUAUGCUCGUACUCAUCGUGAAGCUUUAACAUCAGAUGAAUUGAAGGAAAUGGUAAAUGCUAAUAGGCAACCCGAGGACUUUAAAGGAAGGAUAGCGAGCUUGAUGGAAUGGAAGUUACUUCAUCAUCUUUUUAAAGAUAAAAAUGGUUUAUUGCAGAGAGAGACAAUUAGAGCUAUGUUUGAUGGAAGUCUCUUUGAACGGACGGAAAAGGAGAGAAAGAAGAGAGUUAUUGACACAGUGUAGAUUGUUAUAACAGUAAAUAGAAAAAAAAAAAAAAUGUAAUUUCUAAUUUCAUUUCUAUGAUAAUAAUGUAGCCAUCCAUUACCAUUAGUAGUUGUGUAAUUUUUCUUUUGUUAGAAUCAGAAGACAAAAAAACAAAGAUAUCCUAGUUUCUCAAUGUCUUAAAAUAGACAUAUAUACAUAUACAGACGCACACAAAAAUCAAAGCAACCCAUGUCA